AUGUUGGAGUUUCUAUACGAUGACUUUGAAAAGCUUUCCAAAUGUUUCUGUGGUGAACGUUUCGGGGAGUUCCUAAACUAUGACAUCCUGAUAGGAGUGAACCAGGGAGAGGGGCUGAAGUUUGUGGACGACAGUGAGGACAACGACGGCAUCUCAGCUGCGGCGUUCGACUACACCAUCUCCAACUUUGUUGACAACCUCUACGGAUACCCAGAGGGCAAAGACAUCCUGAGGGAGACCAUUAAGUUCAUGUACACAGACUGGGCGGACAGGGACAACGGCGACAUGCGGCGGAAGACUCUGUUGGCCCUGUUUACGGACCACCAGUGGGUGGCACCAGCUGUGGCCACUGCCAAACUCCAUGCUGAGUUUCAGUCCCCAGUUUACUUUUACACGUUCUACCACCACUGCCAGACCGAGACGCGGCCCGAGUGGGCCGACGCCGCGCACGGAGACGAGAUACCUUACGUGUUCGGCGUACCGAUGAUCGGUGCCACGGACCUGUUCCCGUGCAACUUCUCCAAGAACGAUGUGAUGCUGAGCGCUGUGGUCAUGACUUACUGGACUAACUUCGCAAAGACUGGGGACCCCAACCUGCCCGUCCCUCAGGACACCAAGUUCAUUCAUACCAAGCCCAACCGCUUCGAGGAGGUCAUCUGGACCAAGUUCAACUCGAAGGACAAGCAGUACCUUCACAUCGGUUUGAAACCUCGUGUCAGAGACAACUACAGAGCUAACAAAGUGGCCUUUUGGCUGGAAUUAGUCCCUCAUCUUCACAGCCUGCACGACGUGCUCUUUCCCACCACUACGCGCUCCCCUGCAGGCCAUGUCCCCGGCACCACGAGGCCCAGACCCACUCGUCAUCCUUACCCUACCUUCCCGUCAGAUCCUGAGCCCGAGGGCUCAGAGCGCCCGCCCCAGGACCUCUUUCCCGGAGACACCCGCGACUACUCCACCGAACUGAGCGUGACAGUUGCGGUUGGAGCGUCGCUCCUCUUCCUCAACAUCCUGGCCUUCGCCGCCCUUUACUACAAGCGUGACAAGCGGCACGAGAUGCGCCGGCACCGGCUGUCCCCUCAGCGGGGCGGCCCCGCCAACGACCUGGCUCACAGCCAGGAGGAAGAGAUCAUGUCCCUGCAGAUGAAGCACUCGGAGCACGACGCUCACCACGACAUGGAGCCCCUGCGGCCCCACGACAUCCUGCGGCCCGCCUGCCCUCCCGACUACACCCUGGCGCUGCGCCGCGCCCCCGACGACGUGCCGCUGAUGACGCCAAACACCAUCACCAUGAUCCCCAGCACCAUCACCAGCAUGCAGCCUCUUCACGCCUUCAACACGUUCCCCUCCACCGGCCACAACAACACCCUGCCCCACCCCCACUCCACCACCAGGGUAUAGUAGGGACAGGCCCGACACAGCGCCACCUAGGGACCAGGAACACUGGCUCUGCUACCGCUCUGGAAGGGAGGCCUCUAGACGUGGGCCUUCGUUCUGUCCUCUUAUUCUCUUCUUUCUCCAAAAGCAACUACACCUGCUGCGUCAUGUGCUGUAAAACUUGGCAGCUCCCUCCACUGGUGGCAUGUGGAGGUGCAACUGAAGUGUACAGCAGCAGAUGAGCAGUUUGGGUCGGGGUGGGGUGGGGUGGGUGACUCAGAUCUUUCAAAGAUACUGUUUUCAAAGACGGUCUGCUGUUUCCAGGCUCAAGACCUCCAACAUUCGUCAAAGGGA